AUGGAUAAAUGUGAAGAUGCUUAUCUUACUACAUCUAAUCCAGUAAUUAUUACUGUAUGGAUUGGAUUAAUUAUACAAAAUUUUAUGUGUUUUUAUGGAUUAUUACUGAUAACAUAUUUUUUAAUAAAAUAUAAAUUUUAUCAUUUACAUCUUCGUAUACUUAUUUGUAAUCUUCAUUUUGCAUUUUUUAUAAGAACAUUUGGUACAACAUACCGUGGAUUUGAUUUUUUAGUAAAAUUAAUUACAAAAAAAAAUGAUAAUUGUAAUUUAUUACAAGAUAAAGCAUAUUGUUUAAUUAUAUCAACAAUUAAUGGUUCUUCUGUUAGUGUUUUUCUUUAUACUUUUGCAGCCAUCAGUAUAGAAAGAAUUGUUGCUUCAGUAUUUUAUAAAAAAUAUGAAACAUAUUCUAUUAUAUUUUUACCAUUUUUAGCUAUUUUUUUAAUUUGGAUUCAACCAGUUUUAAGAAUUUAUAAAACAUUUACAAAUCCUACAUUAUGGACAAAUAUUGAUAAACUUCCUUAUUGUAAUUCUUUUACCGCAAAACAAGCUGAUCCUAUUAUAUUUUUUAAAACUGAUUUUCCAAUAUGUAUUAUUGUAUUUUUUUUAAAUAUAUCAAUAUACCUUUAUUGUAGGUAUCGUUUAAGAAAUAUUGAUGAUACAAAAAUUAUGGAUAAUAGAUUAACUGUAAAAUUUGAAUUAAAAGAAAUUUUAUCUAGUACAUUAUUAGUUACAAUUUUAGGUAUAAUUUAUGCAAUAGAUCUUGCAUUAAAUACAAUUUUUAUAUAUAUAUUAUCAAUUACUGAUUAUAAGAGCAAUAAAAAUUUUGCUAUUGAUAAAGAAUUGUCUGCUUACAUUAUUCCUGUCUAUAUUUUAAUAUAUAUUGGAAUAUUUAUAACAUUAUCAGAUAAAAUUAAAGAAAAAAUGAUUGGAAUAUUUUGUAAAUCAAAAAGAACUGUUUUAUCUAAAAGUAAUACAAUAGUUCCAGCAACUAAUGAAGUUGAAAAAUAUUUUCAAAUUUAUAAUAAUACAUGGGCUUGA